UUCUCAGGAAAGGACACGGCAUGAUAAGUUGCGGGCUUGUACCUGCUACCGUGUCGAUAAGGAGGGAAUUGCAGAUGCAGCCGAGUGUUAAAAGGAGAAGAAGAGUCGUGGAGGAUCCUCGGUGUUGGAAGUGGUGAUCCAGCUUACGCUCCACUUUAUUACCAUCUCAACGCAAAGUCAGGAAAGAGGGUUCCUGCGGCCGCGGGAUCAGACGGCAUCCACAUUUCCUCACCUGAAGUGUUCCCCACCUUCCCCACCAACGUCUCCGCCGGAGGACUGAAGGAAAAACCACUUGACAGACUUGAAGAGAUUUGCCCGAGGCGAAACACAGCUCACAUAUAAAGCUGGGUGAAGGACACUGCCACAUUGAGAAGUGGAAACAACCAUGGAGGUCUAUACUACUUCGAGGAAACUUACUUUGCUCUCAUUCACCUUUCUGUGGGGGUUCUCAGGCAUUUUAGCCCAGAUCCAGAUGCCCCAGACCAGUAUGGAUGUGAUCAAGGGUCAGAUAGUGGUGCUGAGGGCCUCAUACAGCACACAGCCAGGCACUGACCUGAGCACCAACACUAUUCUGUGGAACUUUGUCUCUAACAGCACCCAGCUGAUCAUCGCCUACACCAAAGGUACCAUGAGUGUGGGGAGUUUCCAUUUUAAGGGCCGGGUUGGUUUCACCACCAGCAUGCCUUCACGGGACGUGUCACUGUACAUCAACAACACACGGGAGUCUGACUCAGGUCGCUACCUCUGCCAGGUCAUCAUUCCUGAUGGCCCCGGCCUCACUGCCGAGCUCAGUCUGGAUGUAAAGGUCCCUCCUUCUGUUCCUAAGUGCUCUCUAUCAGGAAAGCCGGUGCUGAAAGGAAAUGUGACUCUGAGCUGCAAGUCCAGCUCUGGGAAACCCCUUCCCAUGUACAAGUGGAGGAAAACCAGUCCCACGUCUGAGGUCUUCUUUUCACCCAUGCUCAAUGAGAAGACUGGCACUCUGAAGCUGAGCAACCUGAGCAGCAACAUGUCGGGGAAGUACGUGUGCACAGCCAGCAACUCGGCCGGCUCAGAGAGCUGCUUCAUCAACCUGGAGAUCAUCAGCUCCACCAAUGCUGGUAUGAUCGCUGGAGCGACAGUGGGCUCAGUGAUCGGCUUCAUCUUCCUCCUCCUCAUCUGCCUCGUUUUCGUGGUGAAGAGGCGACGGGACAGCGAGGACGACAUCGCCAACGAAAUCAAGGAGGACGCUCAGGCACCCAAGCGUGUGUCCUGGGCUAAGAGUGGCAUGGGUUCGGACAUCAUCUCCAAGAACGGCACCCUGUCAUCUAUCGCCUCCAGCCCACACCACAAAGAGCCCUCCCACAACCACAACAACCACCACCACCUGCAGCAGUACCCCCAACGCCCACCCUCAGACACCGCCUCCAUCAUCACUGCCACCGGCAGCAUGGCCGGCUACCGGCCGUCCCGUCAUCACGGAGCCUCCACCCCCACCCACUACAGCUACAACAACAAUACCACCCUGCCACGCGGACAGACCGUCUCCUCCGAGGCCAGCACCAAUGGGAGCUCCCUACCCAGACCAGAGCGCUACACCCAGCUGCCCCAGGCCCAGGCGCUGCCACAGACCUACAGCCAGCCUCAGCUACAGCUCCAGGCCACUCCCUCCCCACCACUGCUGCCCACCUCCGGUGUAACCACCUCCAACAUCACCCGUAUGGGAGGGGUGCCCAUUAUGGUGCCUGCACAGAACCAGGCUGGAUCUCUGGUGUAAUGCCAGCCAGUGUUUGCAAAACAGUGCUGUUGACAAAAAGAACAGUGAAUACUGUCCCUUUACUCUCUGAAAGGGUCAGCUGCUGAUUUUUUUUUAAGGGAACACAUUAACUUCUAUUUAGCAAAGAAAUACAAUAGAUGAAAAUGUCAAAUUCACUUAUGCUUUUGAAUCAAGAAGCUUUCAUGGCAAGACUUUCAGACACAGACUGUUUACUUGCUUUAAGUAUAUUUAAAUCUUUUAUAUUCUGUAUGCACUGUAUACAUUGCAAACUGUGUAUAGACAUGAUUUUCAUACAUCUGUCCAGUAUCCUUUUUUCUACUUUAUCAAUGCAUUUCUAAUGUUUAUUUUUUUCAAAUGUAUCUUUUAAAAUGUUUCAUCCAGAAACCUUAUUGUUUUCCUCCUGCCAUACUAAUGACACAGAGUGAGCAGCAACCGAAUCAUCACUGGAGGCUUGGUGAUGCAGGUCUGCUGUGCGCUGUCAUCUCUACUUCUACAACUACCUAAAGGAGGACUCAUCAAGACCAAAAUAGGAGCAAGCACAAAGGGAAGUUAGUUAAAUUGGGUGUAAUAUAUGAAGAUCUAUGUUCUAAUGGCUAUGUUUCUGGAGCAGACUUUUGGAAAGAAAGAUAAGACAACAUUAUACAUAUAAUGAAAAAGUUUGGCAUUUCAAAAAUAUCCUAAUCCUUUUUUGGCUUCAUUUCUGUCAGUGGUUCAGCUUAUAAAAUGCUCUUAGACUCAAUUCUUCAAACGCAGAUUAGCAAAAGCUUCUUAUAAUAUUGAGCACUAUUCAGAACUGCAGUGUGACGACUUUGCUAAUACGUCCACAACUCUGGGUUGUAAUAAUUUAAAAGUUGCCUGCAGCAUUGAAAUUGUAAAUAUGAUAUUUAUUUUCUGUUAAAUGUGUAUGAGACAGCAGAGCAUAUUGUUGCCCACAGCUUUUAUGGAACAUGUGAUAAAGGUGAUAUGUCUGCCUGCAACACUGGAUACUGAACCAAAGACAUACAGGAUGUAUCACUUCAUUAUGUCAACAUGCUCUCUUUAUAUGUUGUAGUUUGUUUUCAAGGGUCAGUAGGGACACAAGCGUUUUUUCACUGCCAUAACCUACAGGCUCUCUGCUUUUUAGACAAAGCUUCUCUCCCAUUUGAUUGACAACAAAAAGCUGAUAUGAGAAGACUAACGUGAAGGUGCCUAGUUAGUUAGUGAUCUUGUACCAUUUCCUGUCAUGAGAGGAUGGGGGAGACACACUGGGGUGAGAUCUUUAUUGCAGAGCCCUAAUGCAACCGAAUGGCUCCAGCCUGAACACAUUUACUUUGAAUGUUUCCAGAGCGUAACAUGAACAAAUCAAUUUUAUUACACAACUUGGGCAUUGAGAUCUGGCCACUUUAAAGUCACACAAAUACCCAUUGAAUAUCAUUUGUGUCUGAAAAGAAAAAAAAGUACACACACACAUAUAUAUAUAUAUAUGUAUCAUGAUAGUGAUCUACAUCCCCAUCAUAUGCUGGAUUGUCAUUACACUGGAGUAAUGUUUGUUUUUUGAUGUUAAAAGAAAAGGUUUGAGCUUCCUUUACAGACUCAUUCUGAAUAUCAUCUGUUUGACACAAGCUUGGCAGGACGAUGAUAGCAAAAUGUAGUUGUAUCUUGAAGCUGUGAAGGGUUUGUAUUGUUAUGAAUGCAGUAGAGAAAAAAGGGAAAGAAGAAAGUGUUGAGGAAAUAAUUUUGACGGGUAGGGGUUGUUACAGCUCACUGUUAACUUGUGGAUGGGUCAUUGAAAAAGUGUACAUUAUGAAUAUUAAAAUGUAUUCAAGACAAACCUUUAUUUUUAUACAGUAAAGUAUGAGAGCACAUGAGCAGAAUUUAUAAAUAAUAAAUGUUGAAAGUUUUAUGAUCUGGCUCACUGUCAGUGACUUAUGAACCUUGAUGGAUUGUAUAACUACUGUGGACUAACUGGUGGCCAAACGUGCUUAUUCAUACAGUAGGCCUAAACUGUGGACAUUAAUGUGCAGUGUGCACUUGUAUCCUCCAUAUUUAUGUUCAUGGAAAAUGCUUUGUAUAAUAUUUUCAAUUAAAUUACAAAUGAUCAGGUG